AGGAAGAGAACAGUGGAAUCCAGAAUCAGCCAGCGCCUGGCAGCAUCGGUGUUCUUCUUGCUGAGACAACUCAAGAAACAUGGAAAUCCUCUCUGCCCUCUCCUUGUUCCUUAUCUUCCUGCUCGUCCUCCUCUUCAUCUCCUCCGUGCGGAAACAACAAAGAAGAAUCCACCUCCUGCCGCCAGGACCAACCCCAAUUCCACUUCUGGGCACCCCCAGUUUUAUAACCAUGGACAGUGCCUGCAAGUACCCCAAGCUUCAGAAGAAAUAUGGUGAUAUCUUCACCAUCUGGCUGCUGAGUGACCCUGUUGUGGUUCUAUGUGGGUACGACGUGGUGAAAGACGCUCUGAUCAACCACGCGGAGGAGUUCAGCGGACGCCCACUCCAGCCAUUGGCCGAUAAGCACUCGCAAGGAUACAAUUUUGAAAGUUCCAACACCCAUUGGCGUUACUUCCGGCGCUACAUAUUGACAACACUGAGGAACAUUGGGUUGGGGAAGAAACCCCUAGAGGAAAGAUGUUUAAUGGAGGCCAAGCAGCUCAUUGAGGCUGUGUCUGAAACAGAAGGAAAGCCUUUCAACCCCAUCCACCUCCUGGCAUGUGCCGUGUUCAACUUCAUCAAUGCUAUUUUAUUUGGGCAGCAGUUGGAUUACAGUGACAAGAAACUCCAGGAGUGUAUAUUACACACAAGGAAACACGUAGACAAUGUGCUGAACAAAGCUUCCCAGGUCUGUGCCAUGUUCCCGGUGUUCCUGAAGAUUCCGUUCCUGUGGAAGUUUCUCUGCAGGGGGACCUUGCGGCUACACUUUUUUGUCAAGGAGCAGAUUGAUUUUCACAAGCAGACCCUGGAUGCCAACUCGCCAAGGGAUUUUGUUGACUUCUUCCUCCUCAAGAUAAAAGAGGAGGAAGACAACCCAGACUCUAUUUUCUGUGACGUGAGUCUCCUGAUGAACAUCACUGGCUUGUUGGCUGCAGCGACUGACAGCACUUCUUGCACCUUAAAGUACUGCCUGUCAGUCAUCGCCCAAUUUCCAGAUAUUCAGGCGAAGGUGCAGCAAGAGAUCGAUGUUGUGACGGGGUCCCAGCGCCUUCCACAAAUAAGUGACCGAUCCUGCAUGCCUUACACCAACGCUGUGAUUCACGAACUGCAGAGGCACUUGGAUAUUGCGCCAAUAGCUUUAUAUCAUGCACUAACAAAAGACACCAUAUUCCAUGGAUAUUCUCUACCCAAGGGCACCCGGAUCAUCCCGUACCUCUCCUCCGUGCUGUUCGACCCGACCCAGUGGGAGACCCCAAAUAAGUUCAACCCAGCACAUUUUCUGGAUGAGAAGGGGCAGUUUCGGAUGAAGCCCGCUUUCUUGGUAUUUUCCGCAGGAAAGCGUGAGUGCCUUGGGGUGAAUUUGGCCCGUAUGGAGAUCUUUAUCUUCAUCUCUGCUCUGAUCCAGAAAUUCACUUUCUAUGCAGUCUCGAGGGGGGGACUGGAGCUGAGAUGUCCAAAGACAGUCAAGAUGAACUUCAUUUUAUCUUCUGAGAUCCGUGCUGUGCCUCGCUCCUCUAACUGACCAGGCAAUAAAUCAGUAGUCAGCCCUCACCUUUACUAGCCAAAAAGUUGUAUGAUGAGAUCCUACAGAGGAGCUCUGACACCGGGUGUCCUUGGGCAGCAGGAACAUUCAAGGGACUUGUAGGUCUGAUGCCCAGUGAGUCCUCCCUUAUACACUAUUAUGGCUGAAACAAAUACUCGUAUGAUUCCCAUAUCAACCAAUCAAAUGAUCUCAUUGGUUUAACUCCAAUAGACUGGUAAAUGCUAACUGCUGAUUGGUUACUGGAGCCAAGGAGCAGAAUCGCCUCUUCUUAUGGAAAUUCUUACAAAAAGCACAAAAAUAGACUUUGCACCUUCUCAUCCACUUAACUGUUAUUGGUGCUUUGGCUGGAAAAUGUUUAUCUUUUUAUAUUACUGUUGCUUUUGUUAUAAACUCUCCAUAUUAAACGUGUUGUUACACUACAA